UAGUUUUAAAAUAUCCAAUAGCCUUUGCAGCGUAUCCUAAUUGUAAUCCGCUUGACCGUUACAUGGACUCUUGGUCUGGGCAGCGCCCUUUGUGUCGAGGUGACCUCUCUCUGCUAAAAAAAAAAAAGUUACUCAACUUGAUUAAUAGGCCUUCUGUUUGAAAGGAUGUAAUGCGUUUCUGUGCUUUGGGCUGAGAUUUAUGCCUGUGGGUAACGAAAUCAGGGGGUGGAGCACCCGCCGUUUGUAGCACAGACCCACUAUUUAAUGGCCCAUUGUUCCCUCAUCACGGACUUUUGUAGCUUUUACUACUUAACAAGCUCUUAUUUGUGCUCUCCGCAGAUCAUAAAGGGGUGAAUUAUAUCUCCCGCUUGUAUGUUGUUGCUGCUAACAUUUUGAUGUCAUAAGCAAUCUUCCAAAUAAUUGAUGAGGUGGCUUUUCUCAUGUCGAGCUCGAGCGAAGUUGCGACAAAUGUGUUCCCAGGAUUAACAUGAUAAUUAAAAACUGGGUUACCCAAGAAAAAUGCAACUUUGGGUAACAGCAUAACCAUCUCCCACAGGAAAGUUUCACGCACCAAUGAGCCCAGCACUGUAAAUAAUGUUGUUUUUUUUAAGGUCUGUAUUUUAUUUUAUUCCCCGUUAUGCUGCUUUAAGUUUAAUUUUUGGGUCUGGGAGUUUCGUUUGUGUUCGGCCGCUGCUCUCGCGCAGCCCGCUGUCUCAACAUUGCUACAAUAGGAAGCCAUUAUUAAAGAGGGUGAAAAAGAAAUUAAAUCAGCCGCCUCCUCUUCACACCUCCUUCUCUUCUCCCUCCUGCUCCUCCGCCGGGGGUCUAACAAUAGGCGCGUAUGGAGCAGAAUACUAAUGAUUCCGACCGAGACCGAGUGAGAGGAUAAGGCUCGUAGACCUUGUGCCCUGCCGUGAGUCGGGUAGGGCAUAAUAUGGGCACUGUGAUUCAUUUUGGCCUCAAUGAUUGCUCAUCCGGGCGUGUGUGGACUGUUUUUUAAUAAUUCUAAUGGAAAACAAAGAAUCAUUUUAUUUUGAAACCAAUUUGAAAUAUGCAUGGUAUGUGUGAGGGUCAAGUCUUUCCAGUGCGCACACGCAUCUAUCUUGUGAAUUCCUCUCCCCUGGUGCUGGAGGAGCUGUCAGCGCAUUUCAGCCUGGCGUCUCAUCCACAUAUUGACGGGAAGCAAGAAAAUCUCCAAAGCCAGUGGAGGAGUGACACGCGUUUCCCCCCACGGGGCUGCGUGUGUUCCCGUUUUCAUUUUCUGCGCAACGCGAUUGCGAAUCGAUGUUUAUUAACUGUUGUGCUUACCCAAGCGUGUGAGUAAUUACACGGGGUAAUCCUCUGAGAAUCCUUUUUUUUUUACUCUUAUUGAAGCCUCAAAUUGAGUCUUCAUAUCAGGUCACCAGCUGCGUCCGAGCCAAAUCCCCAAUCUCAUCUUCCAUGUAGGUUAAGUCUCCAAAAUUCUCCAGUUCACGGUGUGACACGGAAACAACAUACCCGUGGGGCUGCCAGUGCGUGCGCGUGCACGUGGCUGCCUUGAACAUGAAUGUGGCCCCAGACAGGGCUGAGGGGCCUUUUUCUCCUGGAUACAGUGUGUGGUGUUGACAGCUGUGGGACACCAGACAGCAGCUGGGAAAGCAUGAAGCUCUGACCUCCCUCUUGGCAACCUACCCAGCGUGUUUGAAGAGAGUGGAAAAGAAUGCAUGAAUUGUGUAUGAGUGUGUGACAUACAUACAUCUGUGUGUGGAUGGGCGUUUGAUUUUUAGAAACCUCAAAUUGAAUUUACCCCACCACACACACACACACACACACACUUGGAGGAUUCAAAGUAGCACACAGUAGCAUGUGUGUCUAUAGGCACAUGUGUGAAACCAUGUGUACCUUCCUCGUGCAGGAUUUUUAGCAUGUUUCUGCAGUAUGUUUUGCUUUAGUCUUGUGCCUUUGCUAAACCGCUGGUUUAUCGUCCAUCAGGUUGUGUGUGUCCUUGUGUUAAGACAGCAGCACGUCAUUAGUGAGACCAUGGAGCGGUUAGUCCGCUCAGCAGAGACCGAUCACUCGUGUGGAUCACUGGAUGGUUUCCUCUGAUUUUGUGCUGGCACACAAAGAUGAAAAAAGGAACCCAAAUGUCUGCGCGUUAUUUAGCUUAUUUGUACACAUAACUGUACAUGCAAAUGAGUUUCUGAACAUGUAUGUGCAUGAAUAUACACAUCCACACAGACAUUUGCAAACAUUCUGUCUACAGACACGCCAUGAGGGGGACUCUGUGCUGGUCCCACACAGGAGCAUAGCCUGGUGCAAGUCUCUUAAGAGACUCCAUUCAUAGUCAACCCACCCUGCCGCCCUCCCCAAGCCUCGGGGCACGUACAACGGAGUCAGAGCCUGCUAAUGAAUGCCAUCCACUGCGCUUAUGUAAACACCGGGUGCACUGCUGUGUCAACUUCUGUCGAAUUAGAAUUCAUCAUUCAAAUUUAAUUCACCGUAUUAAAAUAAAGCAUUUAUAAGGUGCGUGUCUAUUUGAAGAAAGAAGGGGUCAGUAGUUUAGUCAAGCAGUGGCAGUGUGUGUGUGUGUGUGUGUGUGUGCGUGUGUGCGUGCGUGCGUGCGUGCGAGAGAGAGAGUGUGUGUGUGUGUGUGUAUCCGGCCUCCAACAGCCUUCUCUGUGUGGAGCCAGUCACAACAUUGCUUCAAUUAUAGAGGGUCCAGCAGUGCUGCUCCAUGCCUCAUGUGUCCUGUUCUGUGUAUUUUUAUAUCCUGGGCUGGCGUUACCGUUUCAAACCCUUUCAACCGGUGACUUGUUAGAGGUCUCUUCUACAGAUUAAAAACCUCUUUCAACAGCCAAGGUCCAUAGCAUGGCUGUUUUUUUUAAGAUGGCAGAAAUGCAAUGUCUCUACACUGCCCUUCUCUCGCACAAUCAAAAGCUUGUUUUCUCCGUGGCCUCGAGAUUCUUGUGUCAAACUGUCUCAUUUUUCAUCUACACACUAGCUGAAUAUGUAACCUGUGAAAUCAGUCGAUAGUCAUACAUUAUGUUGUCCUGGAUUCACCUGCUGCAGCUGGUCAGUAUUUAUUUUUAUUGAAAGAGCAGGUGGUCCUGAUGUGCUGUACACCCAGUGUUUAACGUCUUAAUGGCUAGGUGAGUCUGUCUGCACAGUGUCCUCUGUCUCCCCCAUCCCCCCACCAGCCUGGAGCAGGGGACGCAGUAAAACAGUAAUGAUACAGUGUGCAGAGUGUCAAGGAACCCGUGUGAGACCAUUAAUAAUGGAGUGCAAUCAAAAGCCCUGCUUGCAAAAUGGUCCCUACUACAGGUUCAUACUGUAGUAUGUAGUAUCUCCAAAGCCACACUACUAAAUGUUGUAUUGUGUUUGCUUGGUUUUGUUCGGCCACAAAGGUUUGUUUGUUUUUUGCACCAUUAUAAUUUAAUAAACCAGCUCCAUGGCUUCCGCGGCGUGUGCACGUGCGUGUGCAUUUGUGGGCAUGGCCACAAAGAGGCGGCAAGCAAUCAAUUAUGUUAGUUUUCAUCAUUGAUUAAUUGAUUUCCAAUAGUCUCCCCUCCUCCCAGCUAUUUCUCUAUACAAAGCUCCCCACUCUUCGUUUCUGUCACACAAAACCAUAUUGAUGUAGUGAUGCUAAUGCUUUGUUUAUAGUAAGACAACAAGCGCUCUUGUGUGGACAAAAGAGAUGGCAGUGUUUGGGGUGAAGAGGUUCUGUGGGCAGCAUAGGUUAGCUUGGGUCAAUUGCCCCUCAACAGCAUUUGCAUCAUGACCGUAUUUAGUCUGCGGGACAAAGGAGUCGGAGCUCAAGCACUGAUUGGCGCACUGACCAAAAGAUCACUCUGAGCGAUAGUCCAGACCUAGUUUCCUGUAGUCUGGGAUUUUUUUCUCUAGACAAAUUACAGGUUUGAGGAGAUAAAUCAUGCGGCGAGAGAGAAACGCAUGCUUUGUUUUCUUAAGUUUGAGCUAUGAAGGAGGUUAGGGAGUUAUGUAAAUGUUAUUUGGUAUAGAAAUGUACCAAAUUACACGGUUAUCCAUCUAAUAGUUGUCAAGACUCUUCUUCUUCUUUUUCCUCAAACAAAGCUUUAUAUGUUGCUUCCUCAAUGCUAAAUACAUUCUUUAGAUUCAAUACUCCCACCCCACAAUUCUUAAAUUCCUUCUUUAGCUUUUCUCUGUGCUUCAAACUUCUAGCAGUGACAAAUAACAUGUUCAACCAUAUUUUCUUCUAAGCCACAUUCACACAGAGCUGAUGGAUGUUUCCCCUUUUAAUUGGUUGGUGUCACAAGAAAAUAAAUAUUAACCUCAUGGUGGCACCAGAGGAAAGGUCAGGGGGUUACCAUAGUGAGCAGACUUUAUCCUCUGGGCACCAUGGAUUUCUUUUUUUUUUAAUUCAUGGAAAUCCAUCAAACAGUAGUUAAGAUAUUUCCUCCUUGACCAAAUUGGUGGGCUGACCGAUAGACCGACGUUCCCGCCCCUAGAGCCAUGCCAUAAGCACGGCCAAAAGGGCUCUCUAUGACUAACUGUGCUUUUUGAUAAUUUCUCAACAGCUGUUUUGCACAUUUGCACACCACAGGACCGUUUCUUCAUUUCUAUAGGCAGCGUUUUAUUGACGCAGAGACACAAAUGUACAAAGACAGUGCUCAGCACAGAAGACUGUAACAGUCGUCUGAGGUGCUCCAUCAUAGCAGGUUUGUAAUGUAAAAAGUGUCACCUUGUUGCAAGGACAUGCUCAAUCUUCUGGUAAUGAAGUCUCUUAAUGAGCCUCGAGUGUCAACAGUAUCGCCUCCAACAAAAUUAAGUGUGUGUGUGUGUUUUACAUAUCUUGUGGGGACAUCAAUCUAAACAAUCACAUUGUGGUGUCUCGCCUUCCUUUUGGUGACAAAAUAUACGUACCAUAACAUAAAUCAUUACAUCGUAGAGUGAGUGAGUGAGUGUUUGUGUGUGUGUGUGUGUGUCUGUCCAAUCCAUGUGUACAACCUUGCGUGCAAGUGUCUAUAGAUGUCAGUACGUGUGUCAGAUGAUGUCAACAUGAGACCGGCGCAAAUUGUCUGGCAGGCUGAACGAGCAUGUCCAAUUUUACUGUGGUGUGUGUGUGUGUGUGUGUGUGUGUUUCUCUGUUCUUAAAUUGUGUUUUUUUACUCUGUCUAUGUUAGCAGUGUGAGCAAGCACUUUUGUCUGCAUAUCUGGACAGCAUGUGUGUGAAUGUGAUCACAUGAAAGACCCUCCACCUAACCUUUACAGACCUUGAAUUAUUCAUGUUCUGACUCACUGCUUCUGAGAACCCGGUGACAGAUAUGGAUGCACAGUGAUGACCUGCGAUGUCCGCAUUUCUAUUUUAGUAACUAGUGAAGGAGAAUCCACAUCUGAGUUGUGGCAUUUUGUGUUUUUGCUCGUUUGGGUCAUUGUUAUUGUACAAACACCAUAAUUACAUGGAUUAUCUUUCUUUCAUCAGAUUGAAAUGUCCAUCUUUGGAUACAAAGUGACUGUUUCUCAUAUAAAUGGUUAUAAUUGCAGUUAAUAAUGCAACGUCAGCUUGCUAAAUUAUUGUCUAUUUUACACACAAUUUAUUAAAAUGAUUACCUUUAUUCAAACACAACCCAUCCACCCAUAAUAUAAAACCCUUGCGUUGAACUUUCAGAGUUUAUAAUGAAGGAUGCACAGCUGUGCGUGGGUCAUUAGCGUUUCUGCAAACCAGUUAUUUUAUUGCGAGGAACUUCUUGCUUUGUUGUUGAAAUCACUGAUUGUUUCCUCUUACUGUCUACUUAAAAAUUACUUCUCAACAGACCAAUCAAAUACAGACAGCAAGAAAACAUCCUGUGUGUGUGUGUUUAUGUUUCAGAGUGCCCUUCAGAGUUCCCCAUGGGGCCUGAUGCAGGCGCUGGAACAGCAGGUGGGAGAGCUGAGGAUCGACACUGACGAUGGCUGCCAUGAUGGCGCUCAAGGAGACGCAGGUGACAGUCGGCCGAGUUCUGGUUUCUAUGAGUCGAGUGAGGGUCAAUCGCCAAAAGGAAGAUCUUGUUCCACAGAGCCAACAGAGCCAGUCUCCUCCUGGGUUUACUCCAACGACAGGCCAAAGUCUGUGGGAGACCCCCUAAUAAUGACUGGUGAACUGGAUGUGCCAGCCAUACGCACCACCCUACCCCGCUCUUUCUCUGCCCCUUACCCGCCUCUGGAGGGCAUCGCCGAGGAAGGCGCGGCGGCGGACUCGUGGCAGUGGGACACCAGCGGAGCCUGGCAGCAACAGCCUGCAGAGGAUCAGCUCACAGAGGAGGACUACCAGCAGGCUUUGAGGGUAGAGGGUUACAUCCUAAGUCUUAUCCAGCGUCAUACCCUCGCACCGCGGCCGUGUCAGCCUCGCACCACCCUGUGCCCCGACCCCCCGUACUGCGGUGCCUCCGGACACAGCUCCCUACACCGGAGAACUCCUUCUCUUACCACAGAGCAACACUUUCCUGACCCCCACUUUCAGCCCCACGUUGACCUUUCAGCAAACCCUAAGGGCCAGGGCUGGGGUUGUGACCCGCAAGAGGGGGAGGCCUGUGGAGGAGAGGCCCCAUCUUUGGAGGAGGACUGUUAUCUUGCUCUGCCCUACCCCCAGUCCAGGCCACACUCCCUGGCCGAGAGGCUACAAUCACCUCUGCCCUCCCUGGACCCCAACUGUGGUGUUGGGGCCCUUGACCUUUAUUGUGAACCCCCAUCCCCCCAGCAUUACUUACAUCCACAACUCCCUAUUCAUCACAAGCACAAUUUAGUAAGUGCUCAUUAUAUCCCUGGGCAUGCCUGCCAUGCCCCAGUGCGCUCCCCCAGACACUACAACCCAGAGCAGCCUAAGCCCAACCAUGUUGUCACCUCUCCUGACCACCAAAAGUCCAGAACUUCUAAGAAGAGCCACAAUGAGCGACAGAGAGCCAAGAAAUCAAGCAGUAAAACCAAUCGAUCCCAGUCUGAAAACAGCCUCCUGGGCCAGCGAGUGUUGCCUGAGCGCAGGUACAGCACCACCGAGAGGCACCAAGGCAGAGGGGAUCUUGCUCAGAACCAAGGCCAAGUCGCUGGACAGCAGGCGGGCAUCAACAGCGACAACGGGAGCCGACGUUGGUGCUCCAACCUGGAGCUCAGCCAGGACGAAGGGGAGACCAUAGCAGGGCAGUCACAUCGACGACCACCACGUAAAGUUCGCCACGGCCAUUCUUGCUCCCAGUCCCAACACCAGAACUACCAGCAGCAGCAGCAGCAGCACACCCAGCGCUGGCACCCCGACUUCCAGGAGAAAGCCCCUCUCUGUCAUGGAGAGGGGGGCUACGCUGCCGCCGCCCCCGCCGAGUCCGAGUCCAGCAUGAGCGAGGUGUAUUCCCCGGCCUCCAGCUCGCUGUCCAGUGACUCCGACGAGAGCGGGGGGCUUGUGUGGCCCCAGCAGCUGCCGCCACGCCUUGCUUCCACCUCCUCCUCAUCCUCGCCCUCACCACAGGCAGCCGCCAACGCCCCCUCUCAACCAAAAGCCUUUGUCAAAAUCAAAGCCUCUCAUGCUCUCAAAAAGAAGAUCCUUAGAUUCCGCUCAGGGUCCCUCAAAGUCAUGACUACUGUUUGAGGAAAUGCUCACAUCUGUUUUAAACCCAUGAACUUUUUUACUGUGUUGUAAAAGCCAUUGUCAGAGCAACACUUGUGUGCCUGCUAUUUUCACCGAUCAUUUGUUAACCAACCGAUCCAGUUUUGACACGCUACCUACCUCUAAUUUCAGUAUGUUUGUAGUGAGAGACAUUUACAUUAAUGGGCAUGAUUAAAGAUCUGCUAGAGAUCAUCUGGUUGAAUUUAUAUUGUAGUUGACAGCCAUCAGACACCAGACUAAUGGCCAUUACCCUGCUCUAAGUGAUGAUAAUUGGUGUGACGCAUAGUUACACUGCGUUGACAUGGACCACACUGAAGUGACUGAAUAUGCUGCCAGUUUGUCAGUCCUGAUGCCUGUUGGCCUUAUAGUUAAUUAAUCACAGAUGUGUGGUUAAUUGGUCAUACAGUGUAAGUCUACACAACUAAUGGGUACAUUGUCGAAAGCUUCAAGUCUUGCUAAACACCAGAGCUCUAGAAAUGAAAUAGAAAUAAUUUAUGGCACUGACUUUUUUAAGAAAUAUGGGUAACUUCACUCUAUUUGACGGGUCCAAAAUUUCCCACUAAUUUCCUUCGACGUUUCCUGGAAAGAACUGAAAUGUGGUACUAAUCUGGGGCAACAGCUCAAUUUAAACCCAAAUAAUUGGUAAUAGAUUAUUCAUUAAUUAUUGGAAAGUUUAUGAUCAAAUUUUGCAAGGACUUGCUCAGCACUGAAUACAAGCCUGUAGUUACCAGUUAAUUGGAAUUAACUGGAGUGUACCAUUCGAACACUGUCUCUAUUUUCCCACAAAUCAGUAUUAGAUUACAUAUUUCAUUCCAGGAAUUAUUAGGUUAUCAUUCUGAAACUUCACUACUGAAGACAUGACUCCAGUGUGUGGUAAAACUUGAAGCUUUACAGUGAGGAUUUGUCUUGCAGUUAGCCUGCGUCCUAUAGGGAAAAUAAAUCUCUCAUUUGUGCAGGAGUGAACAAAUGUGUAAUAGAACAAAUCUAUGUUUACAUUUGGUUCUCCCACAGGCUCAAAAUUGACGGUCUGAUUGUUAAUCUCUGAGCAGGGAAUGUCCAUAUUGUUCACAGGUACUCAGCUCUGCCUCUUUGUAAACUGUGCUGUAGGGACCAAUGAGCAUCAACAGGUCUGUGAGUAAGGAGUGGGUUUAGUAGAGGCCGUAGUAAGGGACCGGUGUACAUGCAUGCAUGCACAUACAGUAUGUAUAAGUGCACAUAUUAAUUGAACCAUAUUGACACAGAAUUGGACACUCCUGUAAUUGUGUGUUUCUGUAUAUACCAUCACGUGGCCUUGUUUGGAAUGAAUGUAGUUUGUAAAUAAAGGCUUUUUCCUCUUCAUUUUGGUACGUUAACACAUUUUUAUUGUUUUGUUUAUUCUUUAAUCGCCCUGGUACAACAAGAUCCAUUUCAAAACAUCAUAUAAAUAUGCAUUAGGCAAGUGGUACAAAAAAAGGGUAAUUAAUUUACAUUUAAUAGACUUCUGUAGACGUGCUAAGUGGAGCAUUUGUCUGAACUGAAUUUAUUUGACAAACCUGCAAACAUCUCUAAAUUGUCCUUUUUGUGUUUAGGGUCUGACACACUUUGGUACUCCGCCCACGAGCCAUAUGCAACUAUAUACACUUUGGUCAUUGAGCAUCAGAGAUUUAGAGUGUAGCUCCCUCUUGUGGUCUAUGCAGACUACUGUUACACAUGGGGACAUGGCUGUGUCUUAUACCGGUAAGUAUUAUACAAGAACAAUGUAUUAAUUAUUAAUAACAAAAAACUUGAAUUAUACGAAACAAAAAGCAAU